UCAAAAAGUGCUGAACCGGACAUUGAUGAAGGUCUUUACUCUCGUCAGCUGUAUGUGUUGGGUCAUGAGGCCAUGAAACAUCUCCAGAAAUCCAGUGUGUUGGUAUCAGGUCUGCAGGGCCUGGGUGUGGAAAUCGCUAAGAACAUCAUACUUGGUGGGGUGAAGGCUGUCACUCUCCAUGACGAGGGCACAGCCCAGUGGACUGACCUCUCCUCCCAGUACUAUCUGCGCGAGGAGGAUAUUGGGAAAAACCGAGCAGAGGUGUCACAACCCCGCCUUGCUGAACUCAACAGCUAUGUGCCUGUCAGCACCUUCACUGGACCCCUCGAGGAGGACUUUCUUCGUGGUUUCCAGGUACCUCGGGGCCUCACCCUUUGUCCUGCCUCGGAUAUUUCUCAGAUAUUUUCUGUGGCUCCUUAGUCAAGUAUUUGUUUUAUGGCCGAGCCUCGUGGUGCUGUUUUGUGCUGCGGGAGCAGGCAAUGAAUGAGACGCUUGAUCUGCCCUUGGGAGAUUCAUCCCUUUUUAGAGGGGUAACUGCGGCAGCACUUUAUUUUGCAGUGUGAGGAGCACUGAACUCUUGAACUAAAUUGCCUGCGGGUUAAGUCUUGACCCUUUCUGGUUAAAGGACCAGGAACAGGUCACUCCCUGUUUUCUUCCCCAGUUUUUCCCUUUGGUUGCAUUUCAAGAGUAACAGUGGUGACCUUAGCGAUUUUGAGAGGCUGAACCUUGGACUAGCAGUUGGCUAGGUCAGGGGUGGGUAAGUGUUUCCUAGAUGGACUGCAAAGAGCAGCUGUGGAUGCUGAUGGGUUUCCCUGGUUUUCUGAGAGGGCUCGGGUACUGCAUCGACCUCUUAAUACAGCAGCAGAAGCAGAACCUGAUGAAUAGAGUCUUUGAAGGAAUCCCAAAGCCACACAAGGAUUCAGCUGUGGCUGGACAGCAAUUAUUUUGGGAGCUGGAACGAGUAGGCGCUUCCGGUGUAAACCAAGACUUUGAGUGGAGCCAAGUAUUGCACUUGUUUUCUAUCUCAGCACCCAGCAGGAAUGGAAUGGGCAGGCAGUAGUCCUUGACUGUGACAUAAAUUCACUGCUCUCUUCAGCCUCUGUGCUUCCAUUACCUCUGUAUCUGUCUAAUCGUGGAUU